CCAUCAUACAAGUCCUUAAUCCGAUCCCAAUUCCUCAAACAACACUGCUUCAAAGCACCCAUCCAGUUCUCAUUCUUGGCAAGAAUGUCCCCCCUAUUCUGUCCUUGAGACAAGCGAAUCGCCGCCAUACCAUACUCAGUACAAACCGCAGAAACUCCCCUACCACUACCCCGCCACUCUCCACCCUCACACAUCAUCAUGGCUCUUGAUGCUCAAGGAAACUGGAAUGUAGAAAUGUCACAACCUCUGAGACUGCAGCUGCAGCAAGUGGGAGAGCCACCAUCAACAAUCGCUGCCCCUCCAUAUAGCUCUCUUGAUGGAUCCACUCUCAACUCCGGUCGCGAAAUCCUCCUCCCCUCCGAAAUCGUAGCACAUAUCGUCAGCUUCCUUCCGCGAAUUGGUUCACAGGGCACCCUAUGGGCUUGCACAUUGGUUUCUCGAGUAUGGUAUACUUCCAGCAUCGCUCUUCUCUAUGAGCAUCCAUAUUUGGACGGAAGCAGAUUCGAGGCCUUUGUGAGAACAGUCUGCCCAUCCAAGAAUGCUCAUAUCAAACCAUCUUCCCUCUCGGUGCUUGUGAAGAGCUUAGAUAUGUCGUCCCUUGUUCACAAUAGCUCGAGAAGUCAAACGGCACGUUUGUUGGGGCGAUUGAAGGGCAAUAUUGUGAAAUUCGUGGCUCCCCAGUCGAGGUGGGCAGCUCCCUUCCCUUUCGGGUUUUAGGCAAGCUAAGAAUUUAAGCGCUGUCCUCCUAUGGCAGCAUUAUUUUUCUCCAAAGUUCCCUCGAUAAUUGAUACGAAUACAAAAGCUAACUCCGCGAUCUUGCACAGUUUUGCCAUCAACAGUUUUGCCUCUUUGAGUAAGUGCUCUAAUCUGAAACUACUCAAUUUAAGCUUGAUCUCGGCUUCAAUAUCUCUCAAGAUAUUGUUUCAGACUCUAAGAUCAUUACAACAAUUGGAAACACUGUUCUUUCCACGAACCUCGGGCAGUGAACAAGGACCGAAGACCUCAUUUACUACAUACCCCUGGCACCCAAAGCUGAAGGCUUUACACUUAGCUGGUGGGGUUGAUGACAUGUUUAUGAUACAUCAAAUGCGUACUGUUCCGGAUGGACUGGAAAAAAUGAGCAUCCAGCACUGUGCACAAGUUCAUAGCUACAGUCUCAUUCCUGUCCUCAAACAUGUUGGUCCGAAAAUGCGGCAUUUAACAAUAAGAUACCCGAUGCCCCAUUUCGACCCGGGGAGUCUUGAUACAUUAUUAAAUAUCUGCCCCAAGCUGGUUGCUCUGCGAGUCUCCGCAGACUACAUAUCCGAUGAUUUACUAGCUGUAGAGAAACAUCCUCUCCGGAUUCUUGAUAUAGAGUCAUCCCCAGCAUAUAUGACGAAUGAGGUCAGUCUUACUGCUGGUAGACUCUAUCAAACUGUUGAAUCUGGAGAUCUGCCUGAUCUCCGAAGCGUUAGGAUCACGAAAAAGUUGGGUUGGAAAGAUACUCCAACUUCACAGCAAGAUGUGUAUGACUUGGCAGAGGCCAUGGAAGAUCAUGAUGCAGAGGAUCCUCUAGGCAUACCUAUUGGUGUCUGGCAUUGUGAUUAA